CUCCCUGCACGUUCCUGGUCAUCUCCUCCGCUCCUCUCAGAACCUCCAUCUUUUUACACUAUCCACACCCACUGCUCUCUCUUGUCUUAAACCUUUCAGUCUUGCUCUCCUUACCUCUGGAAUGCUAUCCCCGAAUUCCUCCGUACAGAAUACUCACCCUUAAAGAAAAAACUCAGAAUUCAACUUCUGGAGCACUAAAACAGUAUUUUGUCUAGUCCUCGAGUCAACACUUUACCUUUGUGUGGUCUUUUAGUGUAAAUAGGGCAUCUGAGUCUACCAUAUUACAUGUGGCACUACAAUGGCUUAUAUUACUUUCUAGCAUUACAAAACAGCUUGCAUUGCAUUUAAAUGGACAAUAAAAUUACAACCAUUUUAUUUAAACAAAUAGGAAGCAGAGAUCCCCAACCAGUUGUUUGUGAGCAAUGUUGCUCACCACUUCUUUUGAUGUUGCUCCCAGUGGCCGUAAAGUAGGUGCCCAGUUUCAAAUUUCUGGCUGGGAGACAAGUUUUGGAAGCACAGAGACACAGUUUCACUCCAAGCAGAGCCUCCUGCAGGCUAGCAGCAAGCCCUUAUUUAGCAUCCCCAAUAAACUUUUUUAUGCUUUGUGUGAAUCACCAACACUUUCUAUAUCUGAGUGUGGCUCAUGAGUAAAAAAGGAUGGGGGUCUCUGAUAGGAAGUAUCCAGUUAACAGACCUUAAAGGUCAGUGAUGGCAGAAUUGUGAAGGGGUGUGAGUAGCAGCGGCAAACGGUCAGAUAAUGGGUACCGUCAUGGACUUCAAUAAAAGCAUAAAUACAUACAUACAUACAUACAAUGGCCUGUAUAUAAUGUGUUUUCAAAGGGUCUAGGGACUUUUCAGCUGCUUUUUUUUGGGGGGUCCAAACUACAGAAAGGGUGAGACUGGAGAAUUACUAUAAGAAAACAGGGUAUAUAACCUGGUUAUGCAAAAAAUAAAACUGGACCCCAAAAAAGCAAAACAAGAGGUAUUGAAGGUUCCAUGAGGUGGUUGUGUGACACUUCCAAUAAGAAUGUAGCAUGCAGCUGUGUAUAGAACCUGAAGCUGUAACUGCCCUCACCAAGCUUUCCACGGCAGUGAUGUAUAGGGGUGCUUCACCCAUGAGGCAAAGUGAGAACUUUACCUUGCCUCGGGAUAUGGCAACAAGCUAGAGCUGCGAGCGUAACUGUACAGCUAGGACUAGCAAUGCCUGCCUUCCUCUGAGGUAAAAAUGGAAGACUAAAACAUCAGAAAGUCCCAAGUGUGGCAUUAGACAGAAGGCUAGAGAAGUCGGCAAAAUCCAUCGGCUUUCUGUUAAAAUUUCCAUCCACCAGCUUAACAAACUGCCUUGAACCACCUCACUCCAUACAACAAAGUACAUGUCACGUGGUCUAUGUGCGCUCCUUGAAUCUUUUGUGGUCGCGCCGGUGAUGACGUCGCCCUGCACCCGGAAGUGUUUGGUUGCGCUGGUACCGUCCCCACGUGUGUAGAAGUAGUGGAUUUUCUUCUGCUGUUACGGCCCGAGUCCCGGGCUCCGUACUUCCGAACAGCGGGCAUGGAGAAUUUCCAGCUCAGCUUGUACGGACUUAGCACAAUUGCUCAGAGGAGCGGUGGGGAGCUGAACAAGUUUCUGUCGAAACAGAUAUGGAGUCCCCAGGACAGAGAAGCUAUCCUCAACAUUUUAGCCCAGUUGUUGCUAGACAAGGAGUGCACAGUGCUCAUUGGGCGACAACUUCGACCUUUGCUUUUGGAUCUCUUGGAGAGGAAUGCAGAGUCAAUCAGAGCUGGGGGCCAGAUUAACCAUGAUCUACAUGAGAGACUUUGUGUGGCAAUGAGCAAGUUGAUAAAUUGCUAUCCCGAUGUACUUCCGUUUGCAUUAAGAUAUUUUCAGAAUGCCUCACCAGUUUUCCAGAGGCUCUUUUUGGAGAGCUGUGACUCUGGUGCUGUCCGAUAUGGACGAAGACGCAUGAAACUGCGAGACUUGAUGGAAGCUGCUUAUAGGUUUCUGAAACGGGAUAUGUUCUCCUUUCGAGAGCUGUGGGAUUGGAGUGUCUGUUUGCCUCUUCUUAAAAGUCAUGAUCUGACUGUCCGGUGGUACACUGCCCAUUGCUUGUCAUUGGUUACCUGUAUGUCUGAUGCAAAUAAACAGAUAUUUCUGAAGAAAAUGUUCAGCACAGAUGAGCUAAUUAACUUCAGGCUUCAGUUCCUGGAUGAACUGCAGAACCAAAAUCUGGAGCGAGGUCUAUUGAUGGCUAACCAAGAGAAAACCACGUGGCAGAUAAAGAAAUGCCAGCAUUAUACACAAGGUCAGAUUGUGUCUGGCGACCUUUGUUCAAGCGUUGUUCCAGUGUGUGGCAUCAUCCUACCUAAAAAACAGUCGAAGGGACAACAUUCGGAGGAGAGUAUUAGCCAGCUUGUGUUGGUAGAAUCUACUUGCAAAAACCUUCAUAGCCUUGCACUAGCUGUCUCCUACCAGAAUCCUGUGCUCUUGGAAGGACCGAUAGGGUGUGGAAAAACUGCUUUAGUGGAGUACUUAGCCACUGUUACUGGACGCCACCAGCCUCCUGACAUUCUAAAGGUUCAACUUGGAGAUCAAACUGAUAGUAAGAUGUUGCUGGGAAUGUAUCGCUGCACAGACAUUCCAGGGGAGUUUGUGUGGCAGCCGGGAACCCUGACCCAGGCUGUUGCCAAUGGACAUUGGAUCCUUUUGGAGGAUAUUGACUAUGCACCGUUGGAUGUGAUCUCAGUGUUGUUACCUGUUCUGGAAAAUGGAGAGUUGCUAAUGCCUGGAAGGGGAGAUUGCAUAAAAGUAGCUCCAGGAUUUCAACUCUUUGCCACCAGACGACUGUUGAGCUCUAGUUCUGGUGUGUGGUAUCGUCCACAAAACACUCAUGCUUCUUUACUGGACAAACACUGGACCAGAAUACAUCUGGGUAACAUGAGCAGAGAAGAACUCAAAGAGGUAAUUCUGAAGCUCUAUCCUAAUUUGGAACUUGUGACGGACAGACUACUUGAUAUUUACAUACAGCUGACUGGGGAUAAACAUUUAGCAAUGUCUGAUUUAGAAACAGAAGCUGAAGCACUUUUACAAAAGCCAUUGGAACAGAAUGUGCCAAGACCUAACCUUGAAGGUCGAGGGUUAUCAUUAAGGGAUUUGUUGAAGUGGUGCAACAGAAUUAUACACAACUUUGACAGCACUGCCUCCAGCACAGCACUAAAUAUAUUUCAUGAGGCAAUGGACUGCUUCACAGCUAUGUUGUCAAAACCUGGAAGUAGACUGAGGAUGGCAGAAGUGAUUGGAAGCAAACUAAAUAUUUCUAAACAAAAGGCAGAGUUCUACUGUCAACUUUAUAAGCCAAAUAUUUCAGUCAGAGAGCUGGAUGUUUCUGUAGGAAGAGUGGAGAUACUCCGAAAGCAAACCGAAACUGUACAUGUUCACAGGGAGAGGAUUACCUUUGCAGCUACUCGGCCAUCAUCUGUUUUAAUUGAACAGCUUGCUGUAUGUGUUAACAAAGGAGAAUCUGUUCUGCUUGUGGGAGAAACAGGGACAGGAAAAACAUCCACUGUGCAAUAUCUUUCUCAUGUGGCAGGUCAGCGUCUGCGUGUUGUGAACAUGAAUCAGCAGAGUGACACUGCUGAUCUCUUGGGGGGCUAUAAGCCUGUGGAUCAUAAACUGAUCUGGCUUCCUCUCAGAGAGGGAUUUGAGGAACUGUUUGCCCAAACUUUCUCAAGGAAACAGAACCAAACUUUUCUGGGCCACAUCCAGACCUGCUACAGACAGAAAAGAUGGCAAGAUUUAUUAAAAUUAAUGCAACACGUGCUUAGGUCUGCUCUCAAUAAGGUACAGACUGGAGAGGCUGAAUUCCUUUUAAAAGAAAAAUGGGAAGGAUUUUCCUUGCGUUUAAACCAAGCCCAGCAACAAAUGAGGAUGACUGAAAAUGCUGUUCUCUUUGCUUUUGUUGAGGGCACUCUCGCUCAAGCAGUAAAGAAAGGAGAGUGGAUUUUACUGGAUGAAAUUAACCUUGCUGCUGCUGAAACAUUGGAAUGUUUGUGUGGUUUACUUGAGGGUAUAUCUGGAUCGCUAGUUUUACUGGACAGAGGAGACACAGAGCCCCUGGUGCGACAUCCAGACUUUCGACUGUUUGCAUGUAUGAACCCGGCUACUGAUGUUGGGAAAAGGAACCUGCCUCCAGGAAUAAGGAAUAGGUUCACAGAACUUUAUGUGGAAGAACUGGAAAAUGAGGGUGAUUUACAGAUACUUAUUAUGGACUACCUUAGAGGCCUAAAUGUUAGCAAAACCGUUGUUCAAGGAAUCAUCAGUUUUUACUUGGCUAUUCGGAAAAAAUCCAGUGCAGAGCUUGUUGAUGGCACAGGUCACAGGCCUCAUUACAGCUUGCGCACACUGUGUAGAGCAUUGAGAUAUGCUUCAGCAAAUCCCUGCAACAGUGUACAGCGCUCCUUGUAUGAGGGAUUUUGCCUUGGCUUCCUUACACAACUGGAUAGAGCUUCACAUUCUGUAGUGCUGGGGUUGAUACGCCGUUAUAUUUUGCAAGGAAACAUAAAACAUCUACUCAGUCAGCCUCUCCCAGAGCCACGAGGUAGCAGAUUUGUGCAGAUACAAGGUUACUGGAUCCCAGUGGGGGAUAAAGACCCUGCUAUAGAUGAAAGCUAUAUUCUAACCUAUUCAGUCAACUUAAAUCUAAGAGACCUUGUUAGAGUGGUCUCUGCAGGGACUCACCCAGUUCUGAUCCAGGGAGAAACUUCUGUAGGGAAAACAAGUUUAAUUAGAUGGCUGGCUUGUGCUAGUGGGAAUCAUUGCGUCCGAAUUAAUAAUCAUGAGCACACAGAUAUCCAGGAAUACAUUGGAUGUUACACCUCAGAUGUGUCUGGAAAACUGAUUUUUAAAGAAGGUGUUCUAAUUGAUGCUAUGAGAAAAGGUUAUUGGGUAAUAUUGGAUGAGUUGAAUCUGGCUCCAACCGAUGUACUUGAAGCUCUGAAUAGACUGCUGGAUGAUAAUAGGGAGCUUUUUAUAACAGAAACACAGGAAGUAGUAAAAGCACACCCAAGGUUCAUGCUCUUUGCUACACAGAACCCACCAGGACUCUAUGGUGGUAGAAAGGUGUUGUCUAGGGCUUUUCGGAACAGAUUUGUGGAACUGCAUUUUGAUGAACUGCCCAGUGCCGAGCUUGAAACUAUCCUGCACAAGAGAUGCUGCCUUCCACCCUCUUACUGUAACAAGCUAGUUGCAGUUAUGUUAGAGCUUCAGUCAUACAGAAGAGGAUCCUCUGUAUUUGCAGGGAAACAUGGAUUUAUAACUCUGAGAGAUCUUUUUCGCUGGGCAGAGAGAUACAGAUUAUCAGAACAAAAUGAAAAAGAUUAUGAUUGGCUUCAACAUUUAGCCAACGAUGGCUUCAUGCUUCUGGCAGGUAGAGUAAGGAAACCUGAAGAAGAGGAGGUUAUCCUAAAAGUGUUGAAAAAAUGCUUCAAGAAGCAGGUAGAACCUCAGCAUAUCUUCUCCAGAGGAAGUGUGCAAAGACAACUUGAUUCUUUAUCUGUCCAGCAAGAUAUUGUGGAUUUUAGAUUUUCUCACAUUGUGUGGACACAAGGCAUGAGAAGGCUGGCUGUGCUUGUCGGACGGGCCUUACAGUUUGGGGAGCCAGUACUACUAGUGGGAGAUACAGGAUGUGGAAAAACAACCAUCUGCCAGCUAUUUGCUGCCCUGGCCAGUCAAACAUUGCACUGUGUUAACUGCCAUCAGCACAUGGAGACCUCUGAUUUUUUGGGAGGGCUGCGCCCCAUCCGACAGAGAUCGAAAGACAAAGAUGAUGUGGAAUAUUCUAAGCUUUUUGAGUGGCAUGAUGGACCGCUAGUAUUGGCUAUAAAAGAAGAUGGUUUCUUUUUAAUGGAUGAGAUCUCUUUAGCAGAUGAUUCUGUAUUAGAGAGACUGAACAGUGUUCUUGAAGUUGAAAAGACAUUGGUGCUGGCUGAGAAAGGAAGUGGUGAAGAUGAAACCGAAGAAGUGGAAAUUUUAACAGCAGGAAAACAGUUCAGAAUUCUUGCUACAAUGAAUCCUGGGGGGGACUUUGGCAAAAAGGAGCUCUCCCCUGCCCUGCGUAACAGAUUUACAGAGAUUUGGUGCCCCCAGAGCAAUGACCGUCAUGAUCUUGCAGAAAUUAUUAAGCACAAUUUGCACACUGGAUUGUCACUAGGCUCUUCAUACUGUAAUGGUGCUGACAUAGCUGAUCUCAUGAUGGAUUUUAUUGAGUGGCUUACAAAUCAAGACUUUGGACGUCGUUGUAUUCUAAGUGUUAGAGACAUAUUGUCCUGGGUAAACUUUAUGAAUGUCAUGGUUGGAGAUAAAGAUGCGGUAAACAGUAAUGCUCCUGGGGCUGAUCUUGAUGCUGUCACAGCUUUUGUACAUGCUGCAUGUUUGGUGUAUAUUGAUGGAUUAGGGUCAGGAACAACCUUUACCUCUGCUGAAGCAGCCACAUUUGCCCGACAACAGUGCAUGCGAUUCUUAAGAGAGAAACUGUCUGAAAUUCUCAGCUUGACUGAAGAUGUACACUCUGAGUUAAAGCUGUAUGACCAAGCCACCCAGAGAAAAAUAUGUUGGAGAGAGGAUUGUUUUGGGAUUCACCCAUUCUAUAUACCCAUUGGUCCUUACUUCCAAGAAAAUAAAAUAACUGAUUACGCACUGAAUGCUGAAACUACAUCUAUGAAUGCACAGAGGUUGCUGAGAGCACUACAACUCAACAAGCCGAUUAUCUUGGAGGGUUCACCUGGAGUUGGCAAAACUAGUCUUGUCACAGCGUUGGCCAAGGCAUCUGGAAACUGUCUUGUUCGAAUUAACCUGUCUGAGCAAACGGAUGUGACUGAUCUUUUUGGUACCGACUUGCCUGUUGAAGGAGGCAAGGGAGGAGAAUUUGCCUGGCGCGAUGGUCCUCUUCUUUCUGCUUUAAAAGCUGGACAUUGGAUUGUACUUGAUGAACUGAAUCUGGCAUCUCAGUCUGUUUUGGAGGGAUUGAAUGCCUGCUUUGAUCAUCGGGCCGAGGUGUACAUUCCUGAACUUGGAAUGAACUUCCAGGUUCAGCAUGAGAGGACAAAGAUAUUUGGAUGUCAAAAUCCAUUUCACCAAGGUGGAGGCAGAAAGGGCCUCCCACGAUCUUUCCUAAACAGAUUUACACAGGUUUAUGUGGAUCAACUUUCAUUUGCGGACAUGGAGUUCAUUGCUAAUUCACUAUUUCCUUCCCUCGGCACAUCCACUGUUUCAAAGAUGGUUGCUUUCAACAACAAGAUUGACCAUCAAGUUAUGGUAGAAAAGAAGUGGGGUCAAAAGGGAGGACCAUGGGAAUUUAACCUGCGUGAUUUAUUUCGCUGGUGUCAGCUCAUGCUGGAAGAUCAAACUCCUGACAGCUAUGAUCCAGCCCAACAUGUAUUUCUUAUUUAUGGAGAAAGAAUGAGAACAAAACCGGACCGGGAAAAGAUUAUUUCUGUAUACAAAGAAGUGUAUGGUCAAGAUCUAACUCCAUAUCUGGGAACACGAUACUUUUACAUCACACCUCAGAAUGUGCAGCUUGGGUAUUCAGUCCUUCCUCGUAGCUGUGACUCUCCUCUGUCAUUUUCUGGACACCUGUCUCUGCUUCAUCAUUCCUUGCAAUCUCUCGAGCCAGUUAUGAAGUGCGUACAGAUGGGCUGGAUGGUAAUUCUUGUGGGACCUGCAGCUGUCGGAAAGACAAGUCUUGUGCAGACCCUAGCUCUUCUAACUGGUCACAAACUGAAAAUCAUGGCAAUGAACAGUGCUAUGGACACUACAGAGCUCCUGGGAGGGUUUGAACAGGCUGAUAUCAACAGACCAUGGCAACAGCUUUUGGAGCAGGUGGGGAACGCUGUAACAACAUUAGUGAGGGAUAGCCUUCUGACCACUGAUGCCUCCCCAGAUGAAACAGAAGCAUUGCUGCGUUCAUGGACCACUAUGAGCCUUAUUCAUAAGCCCCAGUCUGUUGGGGAAGCAGGCAGUGGCAUCACCACAGAUCUUCUGAAUAAACUUGAAGGAGUCCUUGUUCAAAUUCAGAGGCUGAACCUCAGACUCAACACAUUCACAAAAACAGAGUUUGGAGCCCUAGUGGAGCAGUUCCACAGCUUUAAAGAGCAGCUGCUUCAUUCAGUGGAAGGACAGAGUAGUGGGACAUUUGAAUGGGUGGAUGGAAUGCUGGUGCAGGCCCUGCAGUGUGGGGAUUGGUUACUGAUGGACAAUGUCAACUUCUGUAGUUCUUCAGUUCUGGACCGAUUAAAUGCCUUGUUGGAGCCUGGAGGAGUUCUUACAAUGACAGAACGAGGGGUUACUGAUGGGUCCAUGUUAACUAUAACCCCUCACCCAAACUUCAGGCUAUUUCUUUCAAUGGAUCCCUCUCAUGGGGAAAUAUCUAGAGCUAUGAGAAAUCGGGGAAUUGAGCUGUAUAUUUCUGGGGAAAGUGAAGGAAUGUUAUUGGAUUUAUUCGACACUAAGAGGUUGAUUCAUAAUCUUGGUGUGGUGGGUGAUGAUGUAUGUAACGCCUUGAUAGCAGUUCACUCUGAAACAAAAGAAGCUGUGACUGGUUCUCCCUGUGGUUCCCUUUCUGCUUUACUUCAUGCUGCUGCACUAAUAUCUCAGCAGCUGCAACGUGGUAUUGGACUUGAAACAUCUUUUCGCAGCGCUUGCAACGAGGUUUUCCUUAAUUGCCAGCACUCCCUUGCAAGUCAAAAGAGGGUCCAUGAGAUUGUGAUGAGUAAGGUCUCUGCCCUGGUCACAGCACAGGAAGGAUCCUUUUUAUCCUUGGGGUUAUGGCCUGAUUCUGUACCUUCUGCUCUCCUUUCUUGCGAAGACUCUGCAAUUUCUACUAUUUUAAGAGAUGGACAGGUCCUAGUUUAUGCCCUGAAUAGACAAAGUUUACAACAUAGCAGAACUUUACCUCUUACUUUGCAUGAUCUUCGAAAGGCAAGUCAAUCUUCCCCAGGGGACGGUCUACAUUUCAGUGCUGUUGCAUUAGAUUCACAUUGGAUGGAUGACCCUGCAGUGAUUGCCCAUUCUGUCCAAUUUCUCAUUGAAAGGGCAUCGACAAUAGACUGGGUCUUAAGGAUGCGGUGGCUUAAUCACUUAGCCAAGAAGUUAACUCCAGAUACUGAUCACAUUCGUACAAUGAUAGAUGCAGGAGCUUAUGCUUUAAGUCAGCUGUAUUCCAGCCCCAUUCCUAAAGAAAUAAGCAAUGUUGUGAAACUGUUGCAGACCACAAUAUCUGAUGAGGAUUAUAUCCCAUUAGAUCCACGGUGGAACAUGCAGUACUUGGAAAUUGUGACAAAUUUUCUCAAGUUUGAUACAGGAACUGAGCCUGCUAAGCAGCUGUUAAAUUUGUUGAACAGUGUGACCAACAGGGCAGUGCUGCUGGCGAAUAGAGAAAGGCAAUACUUCUUGGAGAAGCCUGAGGUCACAAACCUAAGGGAAACCAGUGCCUUGCAAAUAGCUAUAAAGUUUCACAAAGAUCCUUCAGUUAAUCAGGACCUCCCUCAUCCCGUGGUUGCCCAUCUAGCUGCCUUCUUUGACCUUUGGGAUAUGUUUCUGAAUGAGUGCCUUCAGUCAAGCCAUUCUCCCCUGAGAAAUGAUGCCGUUACUGAGGUGUUGCACUGUAUUCUGUGGCGUGACCGGUUUAGAAAGGUUUGCGAGACUGUGUCUUUAGACUCUGCUGGUCUGGCUCUGUUAGCUCUUCACUGGUGUUGGGUAGUCAAGCACUCACUUAAACAGAUCCCAAAAAUCUUUAUUGGGCUUGAAAAUAGCAGGCUAUGCCAGGAGGUUCAGUCUGUCUCUUCAAGUAUCCAGGACUGUGUGUCCUCUGACUCCAAAGUGCCUACUAGUGUCAAGAUGCUGCAGAAUAUUCUGGGGAGACCACUGCCUUACAAGGAGGAAUGGCUGGCACAAUGUAUGGAGAGAUUAAGUACUCUCUCUGCCUCCCUGGAUAUAUUCGAGUUGAGGCCAGUUAGAGGGGAGAGUGGCUGGCUGGAAAAAAUACAUCGCAUGAAGGCAGCUUCCUCAGGAUGGGAGAUAAAAGCCAAAAUUCUAAAUUCCUGUGUGUCCAUUCUAAAAGCAAAUCACCGGGAACUUAUCAACAGAGAUGAACUUUGCCUAUCAAUAGAAUCACACUGUUCAUUUCUGGAAAACUGUGGGAUAAAGCUCUCUCUGACUAAAGAUGUACACUCUGAAGACUUUGGUGGUCAAGUGAAUUCUGAAGAUCUGAUACAGCUUUCAAGUAAAGUUCAGAUGUGGCCUGGGAUGGAGUAUCUUAAAUUGCUGUGGCAUUACAAAGUUACUGCAGACAUACUAUCUCACACCUAUUAUGGCAGGAAGAACCUGAAAUCUGAUAUUACUCAGCUUGUAACAUUUUGCUUGAAAGAAACUCCCAUUUCAGUACAACACCUUCAAGCUCUAUUUUAUCUUACAGAAGUGCCAGAGAUGAGUUCUGAGGUGAUUUCAUUGUUGUGGCCAGAGCUCAUGAGCAGUGUAUUUGCAUCCUUCUGGAAUAGCACAGUAACGACUGACCCAGACUAUUGGUCAUCAUGGAAAGAUGCCUUCUCUCCAGAAGAUGGAAAGAUUGUUCGAAGUCUUAUGGAACCUUCUGUGAAGGGUCCUGCAAUUUUAAGCAAAGCUGUCUUCUCUAAAUGCUUCUGUGAAGUUCUGACGAGCAGCAGCAAAGCAAUUCCUUGGAAUGUAAGUGGCCUUCCUGUCCUUUUAUCUUCCCAUGUGUCCUUGGGAGAGUGGUCUGAAAGGCUAAAUCGGUUGAGAGAGAUCAGUUCUACACUUUGGAGCAAUAUGACAGUCUCUUCUAUGGCAAAUUUCAGGAGUACAGACUCCCGCCUCCAGGGCCUGCUGUUAUAUCACCAUUUCAUUGCACUUAAAGAUCUAGUCCCGCAAAGCAUCCAGGAGGAGUUCUUGCAGUACUGUGACCACCUGCCCACCAAAGACUUGUCAGCCUAUCACUACAUUCAGGAUAUACUACGAGACUGGAUGAACCAAGAGAUGUUGCCAGUAGACCUUCUUAAACUGUGGCUUAUUUGCCUGCAACAGUUCUAUGCUGAGGUGGAUGGAACAAUGCAUGUGUCAGAUUCAGCCCAUAAAGGAUCAUUGUGGGUGAAUUUAGGCUUAUUGCAAAUUCAAAUCUGGCUGCCACAAACUGUAUUUGACCCUGCAGUAAAGAGGCAGCACAAGCUGAAAUACACAAAAGAUGAGUUACAUGAGCUGGAAUGUGAGUGGAGAGUACGUGAUCUGUCAUCCAGUCUGCUCACAGGAAAAUCGCUAGAAGACGAAUCUUUGCAAAAACACAUGCACCCUCAUGUCAGGAUACUGCUACAAAGAAUUCAAAAGCUAAAGAAAAGUAUUGCUGACCUUACUAAAAAGCAGGCUUACCGCCCCAGAAACCCUACCUAUGACUGCUUAUAUCAAGAUGUGCACAACUACCUCAGCAGUAUUGCAAAGACUUCUUCAGUCCAGGAUUUAUCAUCCCGCCUACUGAAAACCCUCACAGGGAAAAGUUCCAAAUCACGGCAAGCGUUACAGAACCUGCUGUCUGAAGAGGCCACAUGGCAGCAAUCGCACCACAAAUUUAGAAAGCGCCUUUCAGAGGAAUAUUCCAUGUACCCUGACUUAGUCACCCCACUGUGUGCUGCAAUACUUCAGAUGCAGCAUGGCAUGAGGCUUAUAGCCUCUGAGGUUUAUAUUUCCAUGAACAGUGUUCUUAUUUCCCCUUCCAAAAUAAUAACUCUGUUAAAUUCCCUGUUAGCUUUUCCAUCUGUCUCUGAAUCUUUCCCAACUUACCUCUCAAAUGCAGACAGUUUGUGCUCUGUGAGUUCCUUAGACAUUCUAAAAAGCCUGAAAAAGCUCUCUCAGAAAUAUUCCUCCAGAACUACACAUGGAGUCACAGAUUUAAGCAGCUGUCUGACAAAGGAGCAGCUGUUGGUUAACAGUUUGCUAUACCUGCGUUCUCAUGUACUUUCUAAAGGAGAGAUGGAUCAGAAGUCUUUAAAGCUUUUCAGACACAUAUGUCAGGCCAUAAUCAAUGACUGGGAUGAGCAGGAAGAGGCUGAAAGGCAGCGACAGAAGCAAGAGAGCAGCUUAUACAAAUACAGGACGAAAAGCCAUGGUGAAGCCCUUCCAGAUAAUGAGGAGGAAAGGGAGUUCCGCAAGAGGUUUCCUCUGCAUGAAAAGGAUUUUGCUGACCUGGUCACUGAACCCAGUCUAGAAGGAAAAAUGGAAACUGAGGAGCCCGAGGAAAAGGAAUCUCAUGUUACUUUAGUGUUGCAAAGCUCCAUGCAGGCAGUGAUGCUUAUACACCAGCAGUUGUGUUUGUGUACUGCUCGAUCCCUCUGGUACCAUCACAACCCACCAGAGCAUCAAGCUAAGCAUUACCUCAGUGCAUUCCUGUCCUGCUAUCAGACCAGUGCUGCCCUCAUAGAGCACCUCUAUCCCCUCAUGGGUUCUGAACUGAAUGACCAUCUCCUUGGCAGUCAGUUGCUAGCUGGCUCUCUUCUGCAGAAUUCUAUUUCAGGAAACACUGCUACAAAUCUCAUCCUGCAGCAUGAGGGACCAUAUGACUUUUACCAACACCCCAACAUCCCGCAAGUCCAGCAGUGUCAGAAGAUACUGCAGAAUUUCACAAGUGCUAUAAACAAGUUGCUAGAAGAGUGGCCAGAACACCCAGCUUUAGUGCAAGUACUGGUUGUAAUUGAACGAAUCCAAUCAUUUCCACUUUCCAGUCCUCUUUCUAAGAUUCUCAAUGGAUUAGAAAUUCUUCUAGCAAAGGCCCAAGACUGGGAAGAGAAUGCUAAUCGUGGACUCUCUUUACGGAAGCAUCUUGAUGAAAUUACUCAGCUCAUUAUCCAGUGGCGGAAACUGGAGCUAAAUUGUUGGUCUUUAGGUCUUGACAAUGCCCUUGCACGACAUGUACAAAAGACUACAAGUCACUGGUUUUCUGUUUAUCAGCUAGUUGAAAAACACUUGCAAGAGGAACAUGAGCAAGAGGAGCUGCUGUUGCAGUCCCUGACAAAGACUCUGCAGGCAUUUAUAGAAGGCUCCACCCUUGGUGAAUUCCAGUCACGACUCACUUUGCUUUUGGUUUUCCACUGCCAUGUACUACUUAUUCCACAAUCGCCAAAGAAAGACUCCCUUUGUAGUGUUCUCUGGAAUCUGUAUCAUUAUUACAAGCAGUUUGCCUCAACUGUCCAGGCCAGAAUCACUGAACUUCGAAAUCCACUGGAAAAGGAACUUAAGGAAUUUGUGAAAAUAUCCAGGUGGAAUGAUGUUAGUUUUUGGUCAGUGAAGCAGUCUGUGGACAAGACCCACAGAACUCUCUUUAAAUACAUGAAAAAGUUUGAAACAGUUUUGUGUGAGCCAUGCAGUCCUGCACUGACUGAAAGUGCCCAGGAAGAACGAUUGGAGUACCAAGAGGACCAGAGAGAAAGUGCAGCUAAAAUAAACCAACUACAGCAGUUGUGUUUAACUUUGACAGCUGCAGUAAUAAAAGAAGAGCAAACUCUGUUAUCUUGCGGAGAAAGCAUUUAUUCAACAGAUUCUCUUCAGGCUCGGCUCCCAAUUCUUACAAACCGAAUGAAGAAAUUAUGCUGUAAAUAUAUCAGGAAUAAUGCAAUGCCUAGCUUGUUUGACAGCCUUAAUGAAUUUGCAGAGGGCAUCAUUGCGUCUGUAACGGAGCUCCAGAACCUUACAGUUGACCACAAUGCAGAUAAGGAAAAACAGAAAUCUCAGGCCAAACAUAUUUUGAUGCAGAAACAGAGAGCACUAUCUGAGCUCUUUAAAAUGCUCACCAAAACUGGUUUGUCAUACAGGAAAGGUAUUGCAUUUACCCGUACAAAGAACCUUCAGGAUGUGCUUUGCCUUCAUCCUUUAGACCUUCACAGUGCUUUAGCCAUUUCAUAUAACACCCUGGGCACAGAUUCUAAGUUAUUAGCAGAGAUCUCUAUAACUUGGGAUGGGUGCCAGAAGUAUUUCUACAGAUCCAUAGCUCGCAGCUCAAGGCUAACAACAUCUUUAUUGGCCCCUGCUAAGGAAAUUGGUUUGGGAAGCAUUGAACGAUGCAAGGGAUUUUCUGGCCAUCUUUUAAAGAUCCUUGUCAAGCAAAGGACCUCUCUUACUAUUCUGACAGAACAGUGGAUCAUCAUGAGAAACCUCUUAAGCUGCAUGCACGAGAUCCACUCAAGAAUGGAGAAUGGCAAUGAAUACAGAAUUGCUUUCCCACCCCAGGAUGGUGUCCAGCAGUGGGUAGAGCGUUUGCAGCAUCUCACCAUGCAGUGCACUAUGGUUUUAGAACAACUGCUUUGGUUUAUUGAAUGUUGCCCUAUACAAGAGAAUUUAAGCUCUAAAAACAUGGGGGAUCAAGCAGAAAUCAUCAAAUCUGAAGUACGGUCACCUAGCACAGAUUUCUUAUCUGCUGGGAUGAAUUGUCCAUCACCUGUAGCAACCAGCCUUCUGCCAUCAGCAUGCACCAUGCAUAAAUCAGACCAAAACUGGCAGCAACUGAAUUCCGCAGUAACUAAGAAGCUAACUGAGAUUAAGCAGACAAAGGCUAAAAUGGACAAGAUCCGACAGCAGUCUUGUGAAACACUGUUUUAUUCUUGGAAUGAUUUUGAGGCCUGUUCCUCAGCAUUAGACACCAUGCAAGACAUUGCCCAUGAAUUACGGGAGGUGGAGUCCAAGUUUGUUCUUCCUGAGACAGAUGUAAAGGAGGCAGCACAGUACAUGACAUUUCUUAAGAGCCUGCACUACAUAAGAGAUGAGGUCCGUAAUGCUAUGAGAGAAUUCACAUUGUGGAAAUCUCGCCUACAAGCAAUGGGAAGAGCUAAAAGAAACCAAGAGUCAGAUGAAGAGUAUGUUAAAGACUUUUCAAACCAAGUUGAGUCAACCAUAAAGUCUAUUCUUUGUGCUAUCCAAAACCUUGUGGUAAAAAAGAGUGACAAGGAAAAUAAGGAAUCAGAAGUGGCAGAAAAGGAAGAUGAGGAGACCUCAGACGACAGACUUCCACAGGACCUUAUUACCAAAUUGUUGACAGAAGACCUGUGCAGUGACCUGAAAUCUCUGCAAGUGCAUUUAAUCAUUUCUGCUGUCUCUGAGUUGUUAGAGAGGCUUAAAACAUAUGGAGAAGACUGCAUUAAAGACAAGUAUACGUUUUUCAACCAGUGCUGUGGCUUACUUGUUCGUCUCUUGCCGAUGCUGUCCACUUAUUCAGACCUUAUUUUAUUUUACCUGAGUUUGUCUCUGGCAACACAUAGAAGUACUGGGAAACUGUUUUCUAUCUUGGCUCACCUCUUCACUGAACUUGCUCAGAAAGGUUUUUGCCUCCCUAAAGAGCUGAUUGAAGAAGCUGCUGGUGAAGGGGCAACUGAGUUCCAUGAUUAUGAAGGUGGUGGCAUAGGGGAAGGAGAAGGCAUGAAGGAUGUCAGUGACAAAAUUGAAAAUGAGGAUCAGAUAGAAGAUACACUGAAGAAAGGGGAGGAUAAAGAGAAGGAUGAUCCAAACAAUAAGCCUGAUGUCAAAGAAGAAGACAAUGCUAUUGAGAUGUCAGAGGAUUUUGAUGGAAAAAUCCAUGAUGGGGAGUUGCAAAAGAAAGAGGAGGAGGAUGAGUCCAACAGUGAUGAAGAAGAGCUGGAUAAGCAGAUGGGAGAUCUUGGUAAUGCUGAAGCUGACAAACUGGAUGAAAGGCUCUGGGGAGAAGAUGAUGAUGAUGAUGAUGAUGAUGAAAAUGAAGAUGAAAGUGAUAAAACUGAGGAGACUGGACCAGGGAUGGAUAUGGGUGAAUCUGAACUUGUUGCUAAAGAUGAUAACUUGGACGCUGAUAACAAAAGCAAAGAGGAUAAAAAGCAGGAAGUAAGAGAUAAGAGGGAUGAAGAACAAGCAGAGGAUGUACCAAACAAGCAACAAAUUCACGAACAGAUUGAUGAGCGUGAGUAUGACGAGAAUGAGACUGACCCAUACCAUGGUAAUCAGGAAAAUAAGCCUGAACCAGAAGCUCUUGACCUACCUGAUAAUUUAAACCUAGAAAAUGAGGAAGAAAAAAACAGUGGAGAUGAGAAAGAGGAGGGUAAUGAAGAGGGAAAUCCUUAUGAUAUUGAAGAGAAGCCCUUAGAUGUAGAUGAUAAAGAUAAACAAGAUGAAGGACAUGAAGAAGGCAGACCUGAAGAGGAGCAAGACUCUAACGCUACAGAGAAAAAUGCAUCUGAACAGACAGGAGAAGAGGAAGAUGGAAAAGAUACUGAGAAUCCUGAUCAGGAGGAAAAUGAACAGAAUGAGGAGGAAAAUAAACAGAAUGAGGAGGAAAAUGAACUACCUGUGGAGGAGGAUAAGAUGGAUACUGGUGUGAAAGAUGAAGAAGACAGGCUACCAGCAGAUCAGGGUAUAUUACCAAAGGCUGAAGAAGAGACACCAGAGAAGGAAGAAGGCAUUGCAGACUCAACAGAAAGAAUGGAACAUGACUCAUGUGGGCAAACUGCAGAAGAAAAUUUGCAAAGUGAAAGUGCUGCAGAGCUUGCAGGAUCAGCUUCAGAAAAGGAUGAUGCGAAAGAGGAGCAUGGCACUGGAACUGCUGAUGCUAGCCAAUCUGAGGGUCAUGAAUCCAAAUUAAUGGCACGUUUGGCAUCUCAGAAGGAAAGCAUCAAAACUACACAGAGUGUAAAGCGGAAACCAGGCCAGUCUGAUGAUGAACGAUCACUGGGCGAUCAUAGCCAGCAGGUCCACAAGCGGCUUAGGAUUAUGGAUUCCAGCAGUGAAAUGACAGACAGUUCCGACAGGCCAGAACAUAAAUCAGGACAGGCCGACGCUUACGAACACAUUAAGCAAGACUCUGUGUCCUAUGAUGUGCAGACAUAUGAUGUUGCUAGUAAAGAGCAGGAGAAAGCCAUGCAUCCUAUGAAUGAAGACAACGGAGAGAAGAAUCCACAUGAAGAAGAUGCAAUGGAAAUGGAACCACCAUUGGAUGAGAAGCUUGAAGCCAUUGAUGUGGAGAAAUUGAAACCAGAGGAAUUGACCUCAGAUUUGUCAAAAACGCAAGGGCCUGGCGAUGCUGAGCUAGAGAGCCAAAUUGCAAAGACUGAAGAAAAUAUAGACACCGCUGAAAGAAGUCAAGAAACAGGAAAGGCAGAGAGAAGCACCGAGUCUUCAAUACACACUGCUCUACAAUUUCUAACGAAUGCUAUAGAGCAGGUUGCUCACAAUCCAGAAGAACUGAGGGAAAUGCUGGAAAAGCAGUUGGAAGUCUGGCAGAUGCAGUCAGUUAGUAGCGUUGAAGAGGAAAAGACUGCAGCUGAGAUGUGGCAGCGGUACCUCCUACUAACGGCUCCUCUUUCCCAGCAGCUUUGUGAGCAGCUAAGGCUCAUACUUGAACCUACACAAGCAGCCAAACUCAAAGGUGAUUUCAGGACCGGAAAGAGACUAAACAUGCGCAAAGUGAUUCCAUACAUAGCCAGUCAGUUUAGGAAAGACAAGAUUUGGCUACGAAGAACAAAACCCAGCAAGCGACAGUAUCAGAUUUGUUUAGCUAUUGAUGAUUCCUCAAGUAUGGUUGACAACCAUUCUAAACAGCUUGCUUAUGAGUCAUUGGCUGUCAUUGGGAAUGCAUUGACUCUCUUAGAAGUGGGGCAGAUUGCUGUGUACAGUUUUGGCGAGAGUGUCAAGCUUUUACACCCCUUCCAUGAGCAAUUCAGUGACCAGUCUGGAUCUAGGAUACUCAGCCUCUGUAAAUUCCAGCAGAAGAAAACAUUAAUUGCUCAGUUCUUGGAAUCUUCCGUGCCCAUGUUUGCUGCUGCACAGCAGUUGUCCCUUAGUAGCAAUCCAGAAACUGCACAACUGCUCUUAAUUGUGUCUGAUGGAAGAGGCUUGUUUGUGGAGGGGAAAGACAGAGUCACAUCAGCUGUACAGGCGGCAAGGAAUGCCAAUAUAUUUAUUAUUUUUAUCAUUUUGGACAAUCCUACUUCCAAGGAUUCCGUUAUGGAUAUUAAAGUGCCAAUUUUUACUGAAGCUGGAGCUAUGCCAAAAAUGAUAUCUUACAUGGAGCAAUUUCCGUUCCCUUUCUAUAUCAUCCUCCGAGAUGUAAAUGCCCUUCCAGAAACCCUUAGUGAUGCCCUCAGGCAGUGGUUUGAGCUGGUGACUACCUCAGAGAAUGUCUAAACCCCACAUUUAUACAGCAAGCUUCUACACUUUCAUGUUGGUGGCAUUGAACCGAAACAUCAGAAGAACAGGACACAUGGACUUCCUUUUUAUAAGUGCUACAAUGUCCUGUGACUCAGGUCAAAAUUCAUUGCUGCACUGAUGCAGGAUGCUAUGCAAUGAUCCACGAACACAAUUUACCUCCACUUUCUCCUUCCAUCUUCUACAGAUAUAUAGUCAUACUACCUGCUGUCAAUAUUUCCAUUUGUAGCUCACUUAACACAGGACUCAUUUAAAAAAUGUAUUCAUAUUUUGUCAAUCUGCUUCAAAAAGUAAAGAGAGGUUUUUGAAUAAAUGUGGACAAUUGACUCGCUGAGAUUUUGUAAUCGGUAGAGAUAAUAGGCUAUAUUCAAAGAAGCUGGGGUUUUUUUUUUUUUGUUUUGGUUAUUUCAAUUCAACCAAAAACGUAAGUUCUGUUUCAUUACUUGAAAUGGUUUCUGUAGAGGAUCUCGUCAUGUUUUCUAGGUAUUUUUGUGAUCCAAUUUGUUUUUUUUUAUUGUUAUUAACAGUGGUCCGUGGUAAACGUUGUAAAUCACUAUGUUAAACUGUGAAGUCUGCACAAUUUGUACAAUGAUCUUUGGACAUAUACUGUGUUUGAAAAAUGUCUACGUGAGCGUUUUUUUUUAUCCUUUUUAGCUUUGCGGUCUAAUAAAGUCAAGUUAAUUGUU